AUGUCAUCGGAUACACAGGACUCGAAUAAUAAUCCAAAACACAUUCCCAUCGAAGAGUCAAUCACUUCGGCCCAAAAAAUCUAUUUGCAAACCAUUGCCUCCAAUGAUAUCUGCAAAGGGUUGGCCGAAUUGGAGCCUCACGUCAGCAAAAGUGUUUACCACAGCUUCUUGAAAUGUGUCGGUCUUAUCAUCAUUGCAUUCUCAUCGAUGAGCAAGGAAGACAUUGAUAAGGCAUCAGAGAGCGUAACCGUACUGGCUAAACAGACAAAUAAAAUCAGGAAACAUGGUAUCCUGAUCAGUGCACUUAAAAUGGUCAAAACGCCCAAUUAUAACAAAUACACUGAUUUGGAGUUGCAUGCUGAACUAUUGCACACAUUUUACCUGGCUAUGAGCGCACUGAUAUGCGGAAUGGAAACCCACAACAUCUACGGACUCAUUAAAGUCGCUUAUCGUUUGCAGAAAUUCAUUAAAAACUUUAAGGGCUGUCGUGUGAUACUGAAAAAGCGUAAGCAAUGGGAAAACGAGACAUCGCGCCUACACUUCGAGGCCGGUGUUCGGUUCGCCAAUGGCCUCAAGAAUCUGGCCAUCAGUCAAAUACCGCCAAAGAUCUUACGGGUGAUCAACAUAUUGGGCUAUAAGGGACAGGAGAGUGUGGGACUGGAGGAACUGAAUAAGGCUGCGUUCGAGUUGCCCGGUAUGAACAGCCGGUUCGCCCGCAUGUUCUUCAUUGCGUACUGGCUUUACGGAAAAUCUCACGGAGGGCUCGGACUCAAGAAGGACCUCCAGAUGUGUGAGGGUAUCAUCAAAAAGGAGUUGGAGGACCAUCCUAAGGCUAUUGUAUACCUGGGCUUCCAGGCCAAACUGGAACAGGUGAAGGGCAAUAUAGAUGUGUCGAUCAAACUGAAUGAGGAACUCCUAAAGAACGAGUACACGGCUUUCCAUAAGGCCGUCCACUUUGAGCUGAUGUUCUCGCACGCCCUCAAAUCGGAAUGGGAUGAGUGCAUCAAAUACGCGGAACUGGUCCGCAAGGGUACCGAACACUCGCCUACUUAUACCACUUAUGCUGAGGCGGUGUUCCGGUACGUCAAGUGCAUUGAGGCCAUGGAUGUCCAA